ACCGACACUUUAAAGAAGACGGCUGUCUGAGAAAAGGGUUUCCGGACUUCUGUCAACAGGCGAGGUUAAAUCCUGAACCGCACCAAGUUGCGCUCUCUUUUCUGUCUCGAGACUGACAGACGACUGCGCAGCUCCGUCCGCGUCCUCACAAGUGUAACAUGAGUCUGAACGAGCAUUCACUGCAAGCUCUGUCUUGGAGAAAACUGUACCUGAGUCGAGCUAAACUGAAGGCUUCUAGUCGGACAUCAGCCCUGCUGUCUGGAUUUGCUAUGGUGGCUAUGGUAGAAGUGCAGCUGGACAACAGUUAUCCUUACCCUCCUGCUCUUCUUAUCGCCUUCAGUGCCUGCACCACUGUGCUUGUGGCUGUUCACCUGUUUGCUCUGAUGGUCAGCACCUGCAUUUUGCCUAACAUAGAGGCUGUCAGCAACGUGCACAACCUCAACUCUGUGAAGGAGUCUCCACAUGAGCGGAUGCACCGACACAUUGAACUGGCGUGGGCUUUUUCCACCGUCAUCGGUACCCUGCUCUUCCUUGCUGAGGUGGUUCUUCUCUGCUGGGUCAAAUUUUUGCCUAUUAAGCCUGACAAAUCCAGCAAUAACACUGUUUCUUCGGGUGUGGCUGCUGCUAUUACCUCAACCUCCAUUAUGGUCCCGUUCGGCUUGGUCUUCAUAGUCUUUGCUGUGCAUUUCUAUCGCUCCUUGGUCAGCCACAAGACUGAUAGACAGUUUCAGGAGCUUGAGGAGCUAUCUAACCUAACUCGACUUCAAAAUGAGCUUGACAACAGGGGAGAGUCUUCUAUCUUGCAGUCACCAAGCUCACAUUUCCCAUAGACACUGGAUGGAUAUCAUAAUUCUUUGACUCCAUAAGAACUCUCCAAGUCAGAAGCCCAAAAGUUGGCUUCAAAUGUUUUUACAGGAAUUAAGAUAUUUGUUGUGAAAUAUACUUUUGUGAAGAGUUGUAUUUUUAAAAGACAUAUCUGAUCACCUGCAAACUUGUCAAUUUGCCACAAUGCAUGAAGUUUGAAAUCACAAAAUCUUAAAUGUGAUUGUUGCUUGAAUUAUCUGGUGAUCAGUAAUUGGAAUCCUGGAUAUUACUUAUUACAUUAUUUAUGUUUGUCGACGAACACUGUACAGGUACGUGUAUGUUGUCUUGUCCUGUUUUGUGAACCACUGGUGUUUUAUCUUUUUCUGUAUAGUGACAGGAUCGCUUGUAUUGCUCUCUAUUUAUAAUUGCUUGAGAUUUGAGUAUAUUGACUAAUCUUUGCCAAAAUUACAGUGUUAUUAGAGUAAGUUAAGUUGCUGACAAGUGGCAGAGGCUGUUGUGUUUAAAUAAACACUUUUUUUUAA